CGCGAGCGGCGCCUUCCCGCCGACCCCGCCUCCGCGCGGGACAGCAGUGCGGCCCGGUCACCUCACGGGCUGGCGGUACCGCUAUGGCGGCGGUGCGGGACGUAGAAAUCGACCCCGAGGGCACGUUCAAGUAUAUCCUGGUGCGCCUGCAGCGCCCGGGGGGCGAGGAGCAGCGGGACGUCGUCCGCGGCACUAAGGCGGCCGAGUUCCACAAUCACAUAUUUGAAAAAGUAAAUCCUGAGAUGGAAAAGCUGGGAUAUGAGUGCAAGUGCCUUGGAGGAGGGAAAAUUGAUCAUAAUAGCAAAGACAAGAAAAUUAGGGUAUUUGGGCUCUCUACAGGCUAUGGAAAAGCAGAUCAUUCAGUGACUGCAGAGAUACUGAAAAAAGUGUAUACAGAUUAUGAAAUUACAUGGUCAGAUGACAAGAAAUAAAUUGUCUACUUAUGAACACAAGAAGUAGUUCAAAACUGGUAACUCUGAGCUGUACUUUGAUAAAUAAAAUGGAAUGUAUCUUCUAUGUAUGUUACCAUAAAUCUGGAUGCUGCUGUAAUUUAUAAUACUGUUAGUAACUCCCAGAUACAUCUUACUUUUCAGAUGAUUCCUUUGUGCCGAAUCUGCAGUUCUAAGCCUUUUUCCUGCUACUCUUGACAUGCCAUCUAAUUAAAUGCUCCCACAUCUUACCUGAA